AUGCUGCGUGACCCCGUCUCCCGCUACCUGAGUGAGUGGAAGCACGUCCAGAGAGGAGCCACCUGGAAGACCGCCCUGCACAUGUGUGACGGCCGCUCACCCACACAGGAUGAGCUGCCAAACUGCUACAAUGGAGACGACUGGUCUGGAGUCCCCCUCAGCGACUUCAUGAACUGCCCCUCCAACCUGGCCAACAACAGGCAGGUGCGCAUGCUGGCUGACCUCAGCCUGGUGGGCUGCUAUAACCUGUCCUCCAUGAACGAGAGCCAGCGUGGACAGAUCCUCCUCAGCAGCGCCAUGAGCAACCUGAAGAACAUGGCCUUCUACGGCCUGACCGAGUUCCAGCGCAAGACCCAGUAUCUGUUUGAGCGGACGUUCAGUCUGCGCUUCAUCUCCGCCUUCACUCAGAUCAACAGCACGCGGGCCGCCAACGUCGCUCUGAGCGAGAGCGUGCGCAGGCGCAUCGAAGAACUCAACUUCCUGGAUGUGCAGCUGUACGAGUACGCCAAAGAUCUGUUCCUCCAGCGUUUCCAGUCCAACCGGCAGAAGGAGCACCAGGAGAGCCGCCUGAAGAGGCGUGAAGAGAGACGCCUGCUCCGAGAGCAGAGGGAGCAGGGCCGACCGUGGUUCUUCAGGCGCCGAGGCGGUGGGACUAAACCUAGUGACAAAGAAGUGGACUUAAGAGCCACCACAGAGGACUACACAAGCCAGGUGGCUCGCUGGUGA